CACCAGACCAACCCUACCGACCUUCUCCGCCAACCUUCUCCAUCGACCAUGGCGUCAGCUUUCGCUUUCCUGCCGCCUGUCCAGGGAGAUCUCCCGCACUACGUCUCACCGGCUCGCUCCUUCACGUGGGCACCGGUCAAUCCAACCAGUACUCGUCUUCGCUGGACGCGCUCGACUGCUUCCAAGGCCAGCCUCACGCCUUCCCAGGAGCCCUCGGGGACCAACCCCGAAUCUACGCACUCGCGGCUUCGUCACCCAGUUGAUCAAGUCCUGGGGCCACUCAUCGUCGGCAGCUCCACGACCACGCUAUCGACCAAUAUCAUCGCUUACUUCAACGAUGCUGGCAAAGCUUCGAUCCGCAGCCAGUGCCUGACAAUCGUCCCGUACAGCCCACCGGCAAUGCCGCAACAAGAGCUGAAUCUCGCGCUCGUCAGCCCCGUCGUCGCUCCACACGUCCACAAGGCCACAUUGAUGACCACUUUUCUGGCCGAUCUCACUGCUCCGUUGACUUAUCACAGCUUGUCUGUUGUCGUAUAUGACGACCAGCCUGCCACGCGUUCAAAGCCAUCCAAUGUGGCACCCUCUGUAGCCUCGACCGCAGAGCUGUGCGUGAGAGUUCUCACGAACCUGGCGGCAAACUAUUCGCUGAUUGCCACGGCCGUCCUCCGCGAGCCACACGAUGGCCUUCGUACCAAUGCCACAGCUACUGCCAAUGUCGGCGACGCCGACACCAACCAACACAAGGUACACGAGUCCACCCAAGGCGCCACCCGAGAAGUCACUCGAGCUCGUUGUCCUGCACUCUCCAAUCGACUCAGGAUCCAGCGCGUACAGCGACGCGUGUAUGACUUCCAGCGGGCAUCGAAACGCAAGGCCAAGGCGGUCGAUGCCAAGGAUCGCCACGCACCAACCUCUGCAUCAACACCAGUCCCGUCCAACAAGAACGUGGCGUCCAGGCUGUUCAGCUAUCUCAAGGACGCAACGUAUCUUGGACACCGAGCCGAGUCCAAGACGCGACGUUGCCAAGCAAGUGCUGCCUCCAAUCAGCGCAGGUGGCUCUGAACACAAAGACCUUUCAAAUUGUACCAGCUCCGACGUACCAGCUCCAAUGCACGAGCUCCUUUAUCAACUGCAAACGCCUACACCAGCAACCGUUGUCGUACUUCUAAUUAUUUUUUAGAGUUGUAUCUG